UUAAUAUCUAAGGGUCAAAUUAUUUUAGAAAAACAAAAACUUGUGUUUAAGUUUGGCUGGGGGUCAGGCAACUGCGAGGUCUGGGGUGGGGGUCCUGGCCUUUGCUUCAUCAAAGGGACCAGAAAUGUUACCAGGCAGGGUAGAGAGCUGAGGACGUGAUCUGAAACCUCAUUGGUUGACAAAGGCAGUGGGCGGGGUGUUCUGGCUUGGGUAUUUAAUGCUUUGUUCCAUUGUUAUCGUGUGUUUUCCAGCUGGUCUGGCUCUGGAGGUGGGGGCACUCGCUGUUUGAGGAUACCACUGCACUUCUUUUUUAUUCUUUAUUUUUUUUAUUUUAUUUUACAAUCCUUUUCUGUUGGUUUGUAGAAUAUGUCUUUUUCUUGCAAUCAGUCCCUGGACGGCAGCUUUCCUCCCUCCCCAGCAGAGGACAGGGGUUCAAAGCGGCUGUCCUGGGGCAGCCUGCUGCAUAGGCUGACUGAGCUGAAGGGGAUCAAUCAGAGGGUCACAGCAGAUCGGUGCUGCAGGAGUGAAACUGGAUCUGUGGCAGACAUGUCCCUGUCAGAGUCAGAUUUAUUCUGUGAUCCCCUGGAGGAAACCUUAGCUGCAGAACUUGUAGCAACCAUCACACAAAGUCUCAACAACGCGUCCCACAUCCUGGGCUGCUCCAAACUCAUUUUACCAGACUGUCUGCUGCACAGUAUCAGCCAGGAGUUGCUCCACCUGGCUGUGUGUGAGCCCUGCGGCCUCAGGGGCGCACUCAUCGACUUGUGUGUAGACAGGGGAGAACAGGGCUCUCUCUGUACUGUGGACCAAAUAGCAGUGGAUGCCACCUUGGUCCCAACCUUCCAUGUGACCCUGGUGUUGAGGUUUGAGUUAAAUGGAUUGUGGCCAAAGGUUCAGAAGCUCUUCAAGUCUCCACAGACGUCUGCAGCAUCUCCGGGGCACCGACACGCUCAGAGGCUGAGCACGAGCUUCAGGGCUAUUAAAAGGAAACUGUACUGUUCAGGGGAGCUGCUGAUUGAGGAGUGCUGCUGACCAAGCACUCCUCUCCCCUCAUAAUCUGAAUAAAAUUCAUGUGCACUGUGAGAAGAAGUAACACGUCAAAUGGCAAUAACAAGGUUUCGCUGGAACCAGUCUCAUGGCAGCUACUCACCUUGUAACAGGUGACUCAACAAUGAAGACCCAUGUUUGAACAUGGAUCAGUUUGUUUCCUAUGAAUGUAAAGUCAAACCCUUACGGGAAUGGCUUAUGUAUUUGAUAGUCAAACAUUAUCAUCUGAAACUUGUGUCUUGUAUUUUGAACUACUUGAAUAACAUAAAAAUAAAUUAUUUUCUAUUAUAUUUCA